UUCAACUCAAAGAGGUUUAGCACACUUCAUGGCCCAUAACCAUUCAUGUACACGGAAUCUAGAACUGAUAUUUUUUAACUUCUACCUUUCCCCAACUGUUCUAACUUACAAAAGAUGUAACCCAUGUGAAGACUGAAGGCAAGGUAGUAGCAGCCCAGAACCAGCACUCUGCUUCUUGUGAGACAAUGGCUUCCAGCCUAUCUCCUUUCUUUCUAUUCCUCAUUACUUGCUCUGCAACACUAAUAACUCCAGCCAAUUCAUUGCCAACCUUUUUCCCUGGAGCUACCUAUCAAUCUUUAAUCAAACAAGCCAAGACUCCAAAACCAAAGCUUCCAUUCAAGGUUCACUACUUCCCUCAGACUUUAGACCACUUCACUUUCCAGCCCAAGAGCUCCAAAAUUUUCUACCAAAAGUACCUAAUCAACAGUCAUUACUGGCACAAAGGCGCUCCUAUCUUUGUCUACACUGGAAAUGAAGGAGAUAUUGAGUGGUUUGCUGCUAACACCGGGUUCAUGCUUGACAUUGCUCCCAAGUUCAAAGCUCUCCUUGUCUUCAUUGAACAUAGAUUUUAUGGGGAAUCAACGCCAUUUGGGAAGGAAUCGUACAAGUCAGCGAAAACGUUGGGAUACUUGAAUUCACAGCAAGCCUUGGCUGAUUUUGCAGUUCUGAUAAGGAACUUGAAGCAGAAUCUGUCAUCUGAAGCAUCCCCUGUCGUGGUCUUUGGUGGGUCUUAUGGAGGAAUGCUGGCAGCGUGGUUUAGACUUAAAUACCCUCAUAUAGCAAUUGGUGCAUUGGCUUCUUCAGCCCCUAUAUUGCAGUUUGAUAAGAUAAUUCCAUGGUCAAGCUUCUAUGAUGCUGUUUCUCAGGAUUUCAAGGAUGUAAGCUGGAAUUGCUAUGAAGUGAUAAAGGGGAGCUGGGAAGAACUGGAGGCAAUGUCAACUCAGAAAGAAGCCUUGGCUGAACUAAGCAAAGCUUUCAGAACCUGCAAGAGCCUUCAUUCAACAGCUUCUGCUCGAGAUUGGCUAUGGACUGCAUUUGUUUACACAGCCAUGGUUAAUUAUCCAACUGAAGCAAAUUUCCUGAAGCCAUUACCUGCUUAUCCUGUGCAGGAGAUGUGCAAGAUAAUUGAUAAAUUUCCAUCAGGAGCAACAAAGCUUAGUCGCAGUUUUGCAGCUGCGAGCUUAUACUACAACUAUUCCCGUGCAGAAAAUUGCUUUGAGAUAGAACAUGAAGUCGAUACACAUGGCCUUCAUGGUUGGGACUGGCAGACAUGCACAGAGAUGGUUAUGCCAAUGACUUGCUCUAAAGAGAGCAUGUUUCCUCCAUCUGGCUUUGAUUAUGAAGAGUUUGCAGAACAAUGCCAAAUGAAAUAUGAAGUUUUGCCUCGGCCACACUGGAUCACAACUGAAUUUGGUGGCGAAAGAAUUCAGAAAGUGUUAAAGAGAUUUGGCAGCAAUAUCAUAUUUUCCAAUGGAAUGCAGGAUCCAUGGAGCAGAGGAGGCGUGCUGAAAAAUAUAUCUGCCAGCAUCAUUGCUCUUGUCACAAAAAAGGGAGCUCACCAUGUUGAUUUCCGGUCCGCAACAAAAGAUGACCCGGACUGGCUUGUUGAACAGAGGAGACAAGAAGUUGAGAUCAUUCAAAAGUGGUUAAAUGAGUACUAUGCAGAUCUCAGACAUGCAUAAUAAAUUGAUGAUAGAAGUUUUGAUGUAAACCCUUGGUUAAUUGCAUUAGUCAAUGUUUUGAAGCUCUUCUUCCCUGAAGCUGUAUGUGUCAUCUAAUUUGCAGAAAUGCUCAUCUAAUUUUAAGCUCAUGAAGAAUUCAGGCAACUCAUGUCUCCAAGCUAUGUGCACUCAAUCUUAUGAAAAACCUUGAAAAACUAUUGCAUUCCAAGCUUUCCAGGAUCAA